CCUAAAGUGCAAAGCAUGGGUCCAAAGAGGCUUGCUGUGGACGAGGUAGAAGUGAGGAAAGGAGAGUGGAACUGCCCUCAGUGCUUUUUCAUGAACUUUGCUCGCAAUAAAAAUUGUUUGCGUUGCCGUGAGCAACGGCCUAAUAGACUGCUAUAUCAUGGAGAGUGGGACUGUCCAUCGUGUGAUUUCUUAAAUUAUAGCAAGAAUGAAGUCUGCCUAAAGUGUAAGUCUGGGCGCCCUAAAGAAGAUGCAACAGAGUAUGAAGAGCAGGUAUGGAGGAGACCUUACUAAAAGAUGCAUCUGCAAAUGCUCAUUAAUCACACAUGUAGACGAUUAGGUGGCUGUCACUGCAUUACAUAAUUACCGAACUCAUGUUACAUGGGACUUUAAUAUCGCCCAUGGCUAGUAUUCUACAAAAAGAUUGGUAUGGUUGAGUCUUCCUACUACCUGUUCCAAAAGCUUUGCCAUGGCUAUUACGAGGGCUACCGUUACCCAAUAUUGUAGUAGAUUCCAGAUUUGGUGGCUGCUAAUAAUUAUUGAUGUAUAGAAUAGAAAUUGUAUUCCAUUAUUGUCAUAACAUUAUCGUUUACAUAAAAUGAAGGAAUGAUCUAUUGUUUUUGUCUACAA